AUGAUGACCAAGUAUUACCAGCACACCCUUGCCUUGGCUUUUGCUGUCAAGGAGAUCAAUGAGAAUUCCAAGAUUUUGCCAAAUGUUACGCUUGGUUUCCACAUUUAUGACAGCUACUAUGAUGCAGCAAUGACUUAUCGGACCACUCUGGACCUCCUCUUCAAAUUGCAUCAAUUUGUCCCAAACUACAAGUGUGACACCCAGAAGAACCUUGUAGCCAUCAUUGGGGGACUUGGAUCUGAUACUUCUUUCCAUAUGGCAGACAUUCUGAGUCUCUACAAGAUUCCACAGCUCCACCCAUUCCUUCAUAGGAUUUCAUUCAACAAUUCCGCAGGAGAUACCUUGUCCUUUAAUGAAAACAAAGAAAUGGAAGCUGGAUUUGAGAUAAUCAGAAUGGUCAUUCUUCCUAAUAAUUCCUUCCAGAGAAUAAAGAUUGGAAAAGUAGAUCCCAAAGCUCUGGAAAGAAAUGAAUCAAUCAAUGAAAAGAUUAUUGUGUGGCACAGAAAUUUUAACCAGGUGAUGCCUCUUUCAGUCUGCAACGAAUUCUGCCAUCCUGGUUACCAUAAGAAAAGGAAGGAAGGGGAGAAAUUUUGUUGUUAUGAUUGUACUCCAUGCUCAGAAGGAAAGAUUUCAAAUGAGAAUGACAUGAAUGACUGCUUCAAAUGUCCACAAGAUCAAUACCCAAGCAAGGAGCAAACCCAAUGCAUUUUCAAACAUCUAAGCUUCCUGACAUUUGAAGAAUCAUUGGGCAUCACUUUAGCAUCUCUUGCUGUUUCUUUCUUCUUCCUCACAGUCUUGGUAUUUGCAACUUUUAUUAAGCACAGAGAUACCCCUAUUAUCAAAGCCAACAACCAGGAUCUCACUUACAUUCUCCUUGCCUCCCUCCUACUCUGCUUCCUCUCUUCUUUGCUUUUCUUGGGCCAACCAGGGAGGGCAACCUGCUUCUUCCGACAACCAAUUUUUAGCAACAUCUUCUCUGUGGCUGUGUCUUGCAUACUAGCUAAAACCAUCAAUGUAAUUGUGGCUUUCAUGUCCAGAAAGCCAGGCUCCAGCAUGAGGAAGUGGAUGGGAAAAAGACUUACUAACUCUAUUGUCCUUUCCUGCUUUUCUUUUCAAGCAAGCAUUUGUAUUGCAUGGUUAACAACCUCACCUCCAUUCCCUGAGUUAGAUGUACACUCAGCAACUGAAGAAAUCAUUCUGCAAUGCAAUGAAGGGUCAGUCUUCAUGUUUUCCUGUGUUCUGGGCUAUCUGGGUCUCUUGGCCCUUGCCAGCUUCAUUGUGGCCUUCCAAGCUCGUAAACUUCCAGACAUUUUUAAUGAAGCCAAGUUUAUCACCUUCAGCAUGUUGGCCUUCUGCAGUGUGUGGGUCUCCUUUGUGCCAACCUACCUAAGUACCAAGGGAAAAGCCAUGGUGGCUGUGGAGGUCUUCUCCAUCUUGACUUCCAGUGCUGCAUUACUGGGGUGUAUCUUUUUCCCUAAAUGCUACAUAAUUUUGUUGAGGCCUGAACUGAACAACAGAGAACAAAUAAGAAGGCAAAAAAUUAACAGCCCUGAUUAA